ACUUCAACAUGAAAAUAUUAAAAACCUUCCUUCUGUUUUGUUAUUUCCUGGAUUGUGCAUGGGCUGAAAUAAAUGGAAAUAUACUAGCCGAUGAAUUACAGCGAGUAAUAGAGGACGUGGGUUACACGCAGAUGCAGGAGCAUUUCAAACGCCUUCAGUACACAGAGUCUAUGGUAGACUAUCCGACUGUCACAAAGAAGACUGCUGAUGCUUUGAAAUACAAAUUUGAAGAAAUGGAACGAGCUCUUGUAUCUUUAAAGACCACAAUUGAGGAUGAGUAUAAAUUAUUUUCAUCAGAAAUGACGUCACGAGACUGUUGUGAUCAAGCAGAAUAUUCAUAUGACAGUCGAUUCCGUGCAAAGGUUGAUUAUGAAAAUAUGUGUGUAACAACAUCCGGGCUGUCAUCACGUCCAAAGAAAUAUCCAACAAAUAAAGUUCUUCAAGCAAUGAACUCAAACCACAAGAACAACCCGAGCCUUCUCUGGCAGUAUGUCGGAUUGGAAAACGGUGUUCUAAUUAAUUAUCCAGCUACGAAGUUGUCAGAUUGUAGUGCCUACGAUCCUAGAUACAGACCUUUUUAUAAAACUGGAGCCUCUCCUGUUCCUAAGGAUGUUGUGGUACUUGUUGAUGUUUCGAAAUCCAUGUCAGGGACUUAUCUACAGAAAGCGAAGGACGCUGCUAAUACUGUACUAGAAACACUGAAUAGCAAUGACAGGGUUGGUAUAGUGAUGUUCAACGACAAUGCCUAUGUUCCAACAUCCAGCAACCAACCUUGCUACGGAAACCAACUUGCUGUCGUCACCCGAAAAACCAAAUCAGUUUUAAAAUCUUUCAUAAAUACCAAAACCUCUGAAGGGAAUACAAAUUACUCCAAAGCGUUUUCUAAAGCUUUUGAUUAUUUCCAAACCUCCUCUAUGAGCCCGAACAGAGAUCAAAUCAUCUUGUUCUUAACUGACGGCCGAAACGUUGGUCCAGAGGAUGUUUUAAAAGUUAUUCAUGAGAGGAACAGCCAACUAGGGAAUAAGGUUGUAAUACACACCUUUGGAAUAGGUAUGAAACAUUCACAAUAUGUUUCUAUUUCCGCUGAAACAUUACUGAGGAAUAUAUCCAAACAAAGCGAAAGUAACAUUACUUAUGGAGAUGUCAAGCCUGGUCAGUUUAUGCCAGUACCUGAUGUGACUUACCUCCCCGAAGCUUUAGGAUCCUUUUAUACCUAUACCAACAAUCCUGUAGCUGUCAAACCUCUCUUUACCUUGCCAUAUAGGGACUAUUUCUCCAAAAACGGUCUGAUUUUAUCAGCAUGCCUAACUGUGACGUCCGCCAGCGAGUUUAUAGGUGUGGUUUGUACAGACAUCAAACUGAGUGAAUUAGUCAUAGACACAUCAUACUUACAGGAAGGGGAGAUAACCUACUCCUUUAUCAUGGACGGCUUUGAGCGCACUUUAGUGCAUCCCUUACUUCCUGACCCUCGAGACAACAGCGCGGAGGAAUACGACGUCAGCAAUAUUUACAAUUUUGAAACCGCCAGUGAUGUUAGAACGGUCAUUGAGUGA